AUAUUUUGUUUUAUAAUACGUAAUGUAUUUAAAAGAAUUCGUUCGAAAAUUAACAUUCCUGCUGUUGGGAAUUUUGGUGGAAAAAUUUGGACACAAUUUCAUAACAGCUGAUUUUUAUUUUGAUUUUUAUUAGCGAACUGUCUCGUUUGGUAACUUUAAUUUUUCAUUUUUUCAUUUAAAAAUUAUGACAAUAUAGAACAACCGCACAAUGCUUCGUUUAAUUACGCGAUCCACUGUUUCUCAACAUUUAGCUUGCAAUAAUACCAUUAAAUUUCUACCAAGUUUUACACAAAACUCACAGCAAUUACUUUUAAAAGAUAAUGAGGCAGUGAUUUCAAUGCAACAGAAGCGUUACGUUUCUUCGACAACGGACUCGUCUUUUAUUUCUAGCAUUUGGCAAUCGCUUUCAAAUAGUGUUCCCGUUGAGUAUAUGCAACAUACUCUAAUAACAAUUCAUGAUUAUUCUGGACUGCCAUGGUGGGCCUCUAUUAUCAUGUCAACUGUAGUUUUUCGUACAGCAAUAACACUACCAUUAACAGUAUAUCAAUAUAAGAUAACUGCUCGUCUAGAAACAAUUACUCAUGAAAUGCCUCCAAUUGUAAAGGAAUUGAAGAAAGAAGCUGUUAUGGCUAUGAAAAAAUUUAACUGGACAGAGCAGCACACUAAAAUUGUUUAUAACAGAUCAAUUAGAAAGCAGUGGAACAAACUAGUUGUGCGAGAAAACUGUCAUCCAGCAAAAACACUUAUUGUGCUUUGGGGGCAAAUACCACUGUGGAUAUGCCAAUCAGUAGCAUUGCGCAAUAUUGUACAAAUGUUGCCGGAUCCAAAUAGUCUCCAAGCCCAAGUAGCUUUUACCGAACUUACAAUUGGUGGUUUUGGUUGGAUACCGAAUUUAACUCAAGUCGACAGCUCAUAUAUACUGCCUGUAGCAUUAGGUCUUAUUAAUUUAAGUAUUAUUCAGGUACAAUCACAUUUAAGAAAUAAACCACCUGGUCGCCUGCAAAAAUAUGCUACCAACGCCUUUAAAUUAUUUAGUAUUGGAAUGGUGCCAAUUGCAUGCACAGUUCCAUCGGCUCUGUGUUUAUACUGGGUGGCUUCUAGUUCAUAUGGCCUGACUCAAAAUCUUUUAUUGCUUUCACCUAAAAUUCGUCGUGGCUUCGGUAUACCACAAACUGAAAAUGAAAUACAAAAUCCAUAUGAAAGGCUGUGGAAAAUGAUAACACUUAAAAAGGAUGUACAAAUUGUAACACCGACAAAAGAGCCGAAGAUAGAUUUGAAUUCAGAUUUACAACAAAAUGAUGAGGAUUCAAAAGAGCAGCCAAAAAACAAAACGAAAGAACAUAGACUGAAGUGAAAUAUUUUAAAAUAAAACCUUUAUUCUAAUAGAAUUGAACCUAAAACAUAAAGAUAUGUACAAAAUAUCUACCAUAAAAGCUUUGUAUGUAAUGAGAAAUGUAUAGAAUAUAAAUUUCUAGUUUCAAAUUAGGCCUCAAGUUGUGAUGUACAUAUUUAUUUUUAUCUGAAU